AUGCCUUCAGAUCGCUCUGCUCAGCUCUUUAUAGACAUGCACGCUCCUCCUCUGCACAUAAGCGACGAUGUGGAUUUCUUUGGUGUACAGGAUGCAUCCAUUACAUCGGUGUCUGAUGUAGCAUCAGAGAGGUUCUUUUCUCACACCACUCCCAAAGGUGUGCCAACGAAUGAUAAUCCCGAGUCUAAGAGUUGUACGUCAGCGAAGGUUUCCGGGCUGCACCGCGGUCAGGAGUACAACAGCAGCAUUGAGGUGCCCUUUGCGCCUCCCGUGCCCAGCCCCACCCCGGCAUCGGCCCCCACAGGCUCGCCCGCCCCGGCUGCAGCGGCGGCCCCCCCGCAGCCGCCCAGGUCCCGACUGUCCUCACCGCCUCCACUCAGCGUGAAGAAGGAGCAGCCACAGCCGCCUCUCCCCCUGCUGCCCUCCACCCCGCCCCUACUGAGGGCAUCGCCUCACCCCCUGUCCCACCAAGCUCUGCACCCACACUUGCACCAGGACCCGCGAGUUCUGCCACCGCCUUCGCACCACUCCCGCCCGAUCAUCAGCCACCACCACCCCCUGUCCUACAGCAGCCUGCACGACUACAGUCACUGCAGCAGUCCUGUGGGGCUCCCCAAACACCACCUCCCCCCCUCUCCCCAUCAUCACCUCAGCGGGCUGCCCUCCUCAGUGCCCGCUCUGCCUCUGUCCAUAGCCAACCUCUCUACCUCGCACUAUUCCUCCCUACGGAGCCCUGUCCAUCGCCAUCCGGCCAUGUUUGCAACCCCAGCAGCACUGCCACCGCCACCAACCUUACCUACCAACAGUUUAGUGGUGCCCGGGCACCCCGCUGGCACGCCCUACCCAGAUACCAGCCUGUUGAUAUCAUUCAACCAACCAAUCAUGUAUUGCCAGCCUCAUUCGGGGAUUCUGAUUGGCACAUUGUCACAGGCAACUCUCUUACCUCCACCAAUGAGUCCCCACGUAGAAAACCCUCACAGCAUGAGCUGGAGAAACAGAGAUUGCCAGCAUGACCUCCUGAGGCAGGAGCUGAACAACCGCUUCCUGGUUCAGAGUUCGGAGCGGGGCCGGGGGCCUGUGUCGCUCCUGAGGGCCGAGUUUCACCAACACCAGCACAUGCACCAGCACCAACACACCCACCAGCACACCUUCACGCCCUUCCCCAGUCUGCCCCCGGCCAUCUCCGCACCUCCCAUGGUGCGUACCCAGGCCAGAAAUUUUGACAAGUACACCCCCAAGCUGGACAAUCCCUUCAUCCGACAUUCGAAUUUCUUCCCCUCCUACCCCCCCACUAUGCCAGGCAUGCCCCCGCUGCUCCCGCACUCAGGACCCUUCAGCUCGCUGCAGGGAGCCUUCCAGCCCAAGGCAUCGAACCCCAUCGACGUGGCCGGCCGUCCAGGAGCAGUGCCUCACACGCUACUACAGAAAGACCCUCGGAUAACAGAUCCUUACAGGACCUCGGUACGGAAACCUGGCAAGUGGUGUGCAGUGCAUGUCCAGAUCGCAUGGCAGAUCUAUCACCACCAACAGAAAAUGAAGCAGAUGCAGCUGGACCCUCACAAACUGGACAUGAACGGGAAGCUGGACCUGUUCAGUCGACCCCCGGCCCCUGGAGUUUUCCCGGGGUUUCCCUACCCUCACGACCUCGCCCGGCCACUGUUCUCAUCCACAGGACCAGGUCAUCCGGCUGCACAGCACUAUGGCCCCGCCCCACACCCCAGUGGCUUCCUGCCUCCUAGCCAUUUGGCAGGUAAGUAUCCUUUCAGUCGCUCCAGUUCCUUUGGCGGCCUCGGCAACCUUUCAAGCAGUGCCUUCGGAGGAUUAGGCAACCCCUCGCUUGGGUCCAACAGUGUGUUUGGAAGCAAAGAGGGGCCCCCGGGUCUGUCCACUUUCGGCAGCCCCCACCACGACACCUGGAACAGACUCCGACGCACGCCGCCAUCCUUCCCUACGCCGCCGCAGUGGCCCAAAUCCGCAGACAUGGAGCGGAGCAGCUCAGCCAACAGCCACGAACGGGAACGAGAACGAGAACGGGAACGAGAACGAGAAAGAGAGAGGGAGAAACGAGACUCGUCUCUCGGGAAAGAGGAGAAGGACAAGGACAGAGAUUCUGUGGAUCGGAACCGUCACUCCAGCCGCUCCUCUCCUGCCUCUGGGCCGGUCAGUUACCAGAUCAGCAACCUGAUCCGCUCCAACAGUCAGAACUCUACUGACUCAGGACGGCACCACAGCAGCAGUGUGGACCGCAUCAGAGACGGAGACAAGGACCUCCUGGACCGCCACAGAGAGACCAGCAUGCAGGAUGUGAAGGUGAAGGAGAGCCGCUCGCCCAGUAAGGAGCUCCUAGAAAGGAGGUCCUCAGAAGACUGCAUCAAAGCUUCACAGCGCUCCCCGUCUCCGUACUCUAAGACAAUGAUCAAUGAGCAGAGCCUCAAGAUGACAGGACCCCCGCCCACUCUGAAGGACAAUGACAGGAAGGAGCCUGCAGAGAUGCUGCAUAAAGUGAAAAACGACAUGAAGAUAAAAGAGGAGAGAAAGGAGGAGCAGGAGGUCAUGGUGGUGAGCUCUGAACCUGCCCCACAACCACUGUCCCAAACACUCUCUACUCCUGUGUCCCAGCCCGGAAACCCUCAUCACCACCACCCUCCUCUGCAGCAGCCUCCACUGCCCUCACCGCGGGGCCCAGAGCUGUCGGCUCCAGGACUACAUGGUGUCCCAAUGGCACACUCGCUACCCCUUUCCAUGAGCGCUGUACCACAGAUGGGUAGUCUGAAUGUCCUGGACAGGGCUCGGAUGGCCCCCUUCAUGGGUGUCAGUCCCCUGGCAGGAAGAGAGCGCCUGCCCCAUCCUGCCUUCCCCUGGGACCCCCUGAGAGAGGCCUAUCGCAGCCUGGACCUGCAGCGCCGCAUGGACUUCCAGCUACGAGCCGAGGGACACCGCUUCCCCAGUAUGUACGAGCAGGAGCGGGCAUACCGCGAGCGAGAGGCACAUGACUACUCCCACCACGAGCACCUGCUGGAGGUACGGAGGGAACACGAGCGCCUCAGACAGCACGCCGAGGAGCGAGAGCGCAUUCACCUGAGGGAGGAGCUGGACAGAGCCCGCCUGCACCAGCUGCACCAGUCCCCCAUGGAGGGACACCUGCCCCACAUGCCCCCAUUUAUGUCUCCUCUGGGGGGCAUGCCUUACCCCAGACUCAGCCCUUCCACUGGACACAAUGGCCCACUGAAUAGGACACCUCCGACUGCUGCUCUCAGUGCGCCCCCGCCCCUGGUGCCAGCUGCUAAUGCUCGGCCCACAUCUCCCAGAAGGACUACCCCCCUCACCACCCAAGACCCCAGAGAUUACUCCCCAUCUCGAAACCCCAAAGAAGUAGAAGCACGGUAG